GUUUAUCGAGAGGGAAGAAGCGAUGAAGUAUAGGAAAUUGGGGAGCACGGGGCUGGAAGUGAGCGUUUUGGGAUUUGGGGGAUCGCCGCUGGGGAGUGUGUUUGGGUCGGUCAGCGAAGAAUCGGCGGUGGAAUGUGUUCACGAGGCGAUUCGUCUGGGCGUCAAUUUCUUUGACGUUUCUCCGUACUACGGCAAUACUCUCGCGGAGAAGAACUUGGGAAAAGCUCUCAAGGCGAUUCCCAGGGAGAAGUUUAUCCUCUCCACAAAGUGUGGAAGAUAUGGAGAUGGCUUCGACUUUAGCGCGCAGCGAGUGCUCAAGAGCGUCGACGAGAGCUUGGAGCGAUUAAAUCUCGACUACAUUGACAUCAUCCAGUGCCAUGACAUCGAAUUCGGCUCCCUCGAUCAAGUGAUAUCCGAGACAAUCCCAGCGCUACUUGGCUUGAAACGACAAGGAAAAGUCCGCUUCAUUGGAAUCACCGGGCUUCCACUGGCCAUCUUUCGCUACGUUUUGGACAGAGUCGAGCCUGGAACAAUCGACGUUGUUUUAUCAUACUGUCACUAUUCCCUCAACGAUUCUUCGCUCGAGGGUCUAGUUCCGUACCUCAAGGACAAGGGAGUCGGGAUCAUCACUGCUUCGCCCCUCGCCAUGGGACUACUCACGGAGUCCGGUCCUCCAGUGUGGCAUCCAGCGCAGGAAGAAAUCAAGGAAGCCUGCGCCAAGGCUGCUACUCACUGCAAACUCAGGGGUCACAACAUCUCUGAGAUAGCAUUGAAGUUCUCGCUCUCGAAUCCAGACAUUGCCACCACGCUGGUUGGAAUGUGUUCUAGCCAGCAAGUCCACGACAACGUCAAAGCGGCGGAAGAGCUGGAGAGCGUGGAUCAAAAGCUUUUGGACGAAGUGAAGGAGAUCCUCGCUCCAGUGAAGAACAAAACUUGGCCGAGCGGAAAACCAGAGAAUAAUUGAAUUGCAAGGAACGCGUAUCAAUCACAAAAAUAAAGUUUGCCAUAAGAUAAAUAAUUAA